AUGGAGGUCUCUUCGCUGGCGUAUGUAGGGGCCGACACCACGGCGCCCACACCCGAAGCCCUCGCCGCAGCCCUGCAUGUGCACCAGCGCGUCGCCUCGUCACACGAAGAUGCGCCGCUGCACCGGCGCGUGCUCCGCUUCAUCCUAUCGCCGCUGGCCCGGCUGCAGCGCGGCGGCGAUCAGCAGGAGACACAGCGGCAGGAAGAGGAUGCCUCCUCCGACCUGCAGGACGACAUGCUGUGCGGUUGCAGCGAGGAUGGGACUGAAUUUUCAGGGGAGGAUGUCCUCGGCAGCAGCCCAUUUGCAUCCUGCGCCGACCUGCAGGACUACCGCCGCAUGCUUGCGGAGCGCCGCGACGCACGCGCCGCGCAGCUGCAGCGGCGGCGCGCGCGGGACGCCGCAGGCCAGCGCGAGCUCGAGCGCGCGGCGCGGCCGGGGCCGCUGCGGCGCCUGCUGCAGUGGGCCGUGCGCGGCGCACGGGCGGCGGGGCGGUGCGUGAGCCCGCAGGGCGCGGGUAACAACGACGCAACUCUGGGGGAGCGGAUAUUCAAUGUGCUCACGUCGAUCCCCUUUGUAAUCGUUGGCCUUCACAGCCUGAGGGGCGAGGGCGGCCCCGCGCGCCGCAACUUCGGGCUGAGUUUCGUGGCCACCGGCGUCAUCGCCGCCGUGUACCACGCCAGCAGCGGCGGCGCGCGCCUCGUCAUGCGCAAGCUGGACUACUGGUCGAUCGCGCUGACGUCCUCGGUGCUGCGGAAGGCGACCGGCCUCGGCGUGCCGCCGCUCGUCAACGCCGCCGCCGCGCUGCUGACGCCCCUCAAGCCGACGCUCGUCACGGGCGCCAACCUGGCCAUCAUAGAGGCGCGCUACCUGAAGACAGCCAUGGAGCACGCCCACCUGCGGCCCUCCUUCGGCGCGCACAUCGGCGUCGCCGCCACCGGCCUCGGGUUCUUCAUGCUGGAGGACGUCCUGGUCCUGGGCAUGGGCGCGCCGCCGGUGGUGCACAGCCUGUGGCACCUGCUGAGCACGGUGUCGCUCAGCCUGGUCGGGCCGCUCCUGACACACUGCGAGGCGCCGCUGCUGCGGCAGGGCGCGCAGAUGGUGGCUGCCGCCGCCCGGUGA